AUGUCUAUGAUGGUGUGCCAGCUCGGGCAGAGGUGUGUGAUGGAGCUGGUGCUGCUGACCAUCCUGUCCUGGGUGUCCGUGUGGGCGGAGGAGAAGAUCAUAUUUGACAGACACGCUGUCUACUGGAACAGCUCCAACCCCAAGUUCUGGCACGGAGAGUACAGGGUGGCAGUGAACAUUAACGACUAUCUGGACAUCUACUGUCCUUACUACGAGGGUCCGCCGUCCCACGGGCGCAUGGAGCGCUACAUCCUGUUCAUGGUCAACCACGAGGGCUACACCUCCUGCCAGCACAGGAUGCGUGGCUUCAAGCGCUGGGAGUGCAACCGUCCCAGCGGUCCUGACGGACCCCUGCGCUUCUCAGAGAAGUUCCAGCUCUUCACCCCCUUCUCCCUGGGCUUUGAGUUCAGGCCCGGACACGAGUACUACUACAUCUCGUCUCCUCACCCAAACCAUGUGGGGCGAGCAUGUCUAAAGCUGAAGGUGUAUGUCAGACCUCCAGAUGGGUCGGGAUAUGAUUCACCAGAGCCCUUCCUGACUGACGGAGGUCCAUGCUGGAGGCCGGGGUCCAUGGUCCUGUUGGCUGCUCUGGCCUCACUGCUCCUGGGACUCUUCUCCUGGCUGUGA